AUGUCGGAUACUCAAGAAAUUUCGAUCAAAAUUACGGAUGAUUCUACACCACACGAUAAAGAUAAAGAGCAAAUUACAAAUGAUUUUACUCCACAUAAUAAAAAGAAAAUUGCAUAUGUAGCAUGUUCUCCCAAGAUGGAAUAUGUUGCGACAUGGAGCAUCGAGGAUCUAUCGGCAGUCGGCUGGUGCAUUAAUAAUAAUCAAUUGAAGCAUGAAUAUAUGAUUCCAAAAGAAAAAAGAGAUUAUGAUAACAAUUUUAAAAUUUAUAUAGAUGAUUAUGAUGAUUAUUUGCGUUAUGAUAAAAAUUUUUUUACUGUUUCUGAUAAUAAGUUUGUUACGGUGUUCAUUGGGGGUUGGAAAAUGGACGCGAAACCUCUUUUUUUAAAUCUUCCAUAUUUUGAAAUGCCGUAUUCUGAAAUUACAGUUAAAUUCCUAGCUUUUUUAGAUGGAGGCGAUUUUAUUAUGAUUACUAAAAAGCCAACAUAUAGGAUAUAUAUAUUCACUCAGGAAAAUAAUGAACUUAUUCAUAAAUCAGCGAUAAAAAUAGAAUCAUAUGAUGAAAACAACGAAGAAAUGUUCUUAUCUAAUGGAAAAUUGUUUAUGUAUGAUAAAAACAUAGGAAAUAUUACUAAAUGGGAUAUCAAAACUUUGAGUUUUGAGGCACACUUUUUAUUCGAUAAUAGUUUUGAUGUUAAAGAUAUAAAAUUAAGUGAUAAUGAGGUAUUAUUAUUUGUAUAUGGGACAAAAACUGAGAAACAGUUAAAAGAAGAACCUUACCCAUGUGUAAGUGUCUAUUCAGCUAAUAGCGGAAUUAAGUUUACAACAUAUGAAUAUGAAAAAACUGAUGAUAUUGAUGCAGUUUAUCUAAUUGCUUCUAAUAUUGGAGCACGCCUUCUCAUAGUUUCUCAUAAACAAAUUAAGGAUGAAGACAAAGAAGAUUACCCUUAUGAAUAUAAAAUAUGUGAUCCAUUCACAAAUACAAGAUGUGUGAAUUCCAAGAAACUAAUCGUCGAUUUUGAAGUUUCUGCAAAAGAAGUCAAAGUUUUUGAAAUUAAUUAUAUUAUAAAAUUUGAUAAAAUUGAUUUAAAUGAUAUCGACAGUAUCUUUAUAUUAUCGGAUAUUGAAAAAAUCAUAAAUUUGAUUAAAAAUUCACCAGAUGAGGCAGCUAAACUUAUAGAAGAAAUUGAUAAUAGUAAAAAAGAAGAAACAUUUUCAAAAUAUCUUGUAACUUGGAUUUUAGAAUAUGUUAAUGAUGCUGAAAAGAUCAUUCUUACAGCAAAAUCUAACAAAGAUGAUGAAAAACUAGAUAGUAUACAGAUUGUUCCAAAAUUAUAUAUUGAUUUUGGUUAUAAAGAUUGGCGAUAUGUAAUAGGAUGUGAUUGUCUUGAUAAUGAUGAUCUAGCCAUGGUUACGAUUAUGGGUGUAUUUAUUUGGACAGUUAGUGCAAAAGAUAAAAAAAUAGAGUUGAGUCAUUAUUGGGAUGAUAAUGGCUCGAGUUGGUAUUGGGAUAGACAAAAAGAAAAUUCCGAUAAAAAAAAUAUAGAGAAAAAUUCCGAAAAAGAAAAUAUUGUUAAGGAAAAAAUUAAACAACUUGAUGAAUAUAUUAAAGAACUUGAGAAGAAAAGUUUUAAGAAACCAUAUUUUUUUCCACCAUCAACAUACUCUAGUAUGAUAUAUUAUGAUUCUGUUUUUUUACAAGCAGACUCUAAAAAGAAAGUUUUCUUUGAUGAAUUAAUUGAAAAACAUAUUAAUAAUAAAUUUUGUUUAUUUCUUUAUGGAAAAAACCUUAUUAAAGUUAUUAUUAAAGAAGAUCAAGACAUGCUGUUACGAAAGUUUUGUGAUGGAUGUAUUAAUCUUAUUGAAAAGAAUGACGAAGUUCCAGACAUGCAACUAUUUAAUAUAAUUUCUCAUUCAAUUGUUGAAAUCUUUAAAAAGGAUCCAGCAUUUUUUGCAGAUUUUAUUAUGCGAAUCUCACUUUUUGAAAUUCGUAAACUUAUUAGUGAUAUCAAUUCCGAAAGUUGGGAUGAUACAAAACCUAUUGUUUCUAAAACUUUAAAGGCUAUAAAAGAUGAAAAACAAGAAUCAGAAGUGUCAGAACAUAAAAUACAAUCAAAAGAUGAAAAACAAAUCAAUCAAAUUGAAGAUAUGUUUAUAGAAUUAAAAGACAU